GGAAACCUGGGCCACUAGGAAGGGCCUGAGGAAAAAAAAGGGUGGGGAGGACAGGCAAUGAAGGCUCCUCCUCCUGGUGUAUAAAAACACGCCGAGUAGGCGAGGGCGUCGUGGUCAUUUCUGUGGAGGAAGAGGGAGAGGAAGGAGCUUCCUAGCUUUUGGCGCCUGCCGUUUCUUCUCAUAUUUGUUCCUGAAUGAACCUGAUUUUACUUUAAAGCAGGAGAGUAUUUUAAUUUAGAAGAAAAAGAGUGAACCAAAAAGAACCCAAAUAUGAACAGCAACAAGGGCAGAUACUUCAUAGAGGCACAUCAGUCACAACAGCAUGGUCUUCAUAACUUUCAACAAAAUUCCAUCCAUUUCCAAACGAUGAAAACAGAAGACAACUAUGUUGAUGAUUUGGAUCCUGAGAAUCUAAUGCAAUGCCCAUAUGACAAAAAUCAUCAGAUUAGGGCAUGUAGGUUUCCCUACCACCUUGUUAAAUGCCGUAAGAACCAUCCAGACAUUGUGCAAAAGCUGGUCAUGUGCCCAUUUAAUGCCCGUCAUUAUGUUCCCAGAGAAGAGAUCAGCCAACAUAUAUCACACUGUGAUGACAAAAGAAGCAUUGAGCAGGACAUCGCAAAUGAGCAGAAAAACUAUAGAAGAGAAGUUAAUGUCAUACAUUCAUGGCAAUCUCCUCCAUGUGAAGAAGAUUGGGACAAAGAUCUGGAGGACUCACCCGCCACUGCCUUCAUUUGGGGCACCAGCCGUUCUGUAAACAGAUCUGAAUCAAGUACAGUGGUGGGAUACAAGAACCACCUAGCAUCAUGUCUGCGAGCUCCUAAAUCCUUGCCUAAUGUAUUACCAUGGAAGAACAGUGCUGGCAACUGAAGACCUUGACAGAAACACCCCUUUUCAGUAGCUAUUCAGUGAUCUUUAUCUCAUCUCAUAGAAAUACUAAGAUGCCAGCAGAGUGUCUCUGGGUUUGGAAAACAAAACAACCUCAAAAAAUUUGAGUUCUUAAUCCUAAUGUAAUAAUUAGCAAUAUAAUAAUUGUUUUACUUAAUAUACUGUUUUGUUAAUAAGCAUUAUAUAUCAGCAAUUCCUCCAGUAAAGGCUUAGUUGAAGUAAACAGGCCAUGUUCAAAAGCAAUACAUGACAAGAAGAAGAUGAAACUGUAUGUGCUACGUCAAGCUGUUUGGCAAAACACUUUAGGAUACAUCCCUACUGUGGAUUCAGAGGGAUGGGAUCCGUUCUCAGUUGUUACUUUAAAUAGUUGUGGUAAUUCACAAUUUUUAUUUUCGUAUUUUGAGUUUGCUUGUUUCUCCAAACAAGUCAGCAGCUUCCCUUAAAAAAAAAGCUAUUGAGUUGGACAGGUCUUUUACCAAAAAAAGUAGGAUAAAUUCUUAGUUGACAGAAACUAUUAAAUCCCUUUGAGACUUCAGGGUACAGACUUUGGUGUGAUGGAGCGGUCAGUAUACUGUUGGACUUGUUUAAACAAUUGAAUCACCAAGCUAUUGUAAUGCAACACACUGCCCACAUUCCUUUGUCCCAUUUGGAGUGCAGAAUCCUGUCUUGUGCCUUUAAACAAGAUCAGCGAUUGUACGUUUAGUCAGGUUUUGUUGUCUCUGCUACCAGAUCUUUUCACCCAUUUUUGGUGACAACAUUUUUUGACAAAUUGUUCUCUGUACAAAAGGCUUUCAAACAACAUCUGUAAUACUUGUAGACCAGUGAUCUUGAUAUGUUACUUACAGAUAGGAAAAUAUACUGAAACCCUCCCUGAAGUUUAAGCUGUGUUGGUAAAGAACGUUGAAGAGAAUAACAUCCUUUAUGUAGUCCUUUCUGAUACCAUUGGCUCCCAUCUCCUGGAAAUCAGCUGAUGAAUUGAGCUAUUGGGAUCAGUCUAUGCAUUUGAGAUUUCUUAAACAUUCCUCCAUGUUGGUGUUAUUCACACAACUUGGGAAUGUUGAAAGACACCCAAAGUGAGAUGGAAUACUUUGACAUGUACCACCAGUUAUUUUCUGCAGUCUCUGACCUAUUCCUUUGUUAGGUCUGAUACUUGUAAUCCUUUUUGACACAGCAGAGAGCAAGAUACUCUAUCACUGAUAAUGAAGUGAUUAUCUGUGUACUAAAAAUGUGUAGAGAGAUGCUAUGGGUAAAGUGUGUGAUUUUUUAAGGGAAUAGAUUGAAGAGUUGUUUCUUCAUUAAGGCCUUUUCUACACUGCCAUAUAAAAUCCAGAUUAUCUGAUUUGAAGUGGAUUAUCUGGAAGUGUAGACUCAUAUAAUCCUGUUCAAAGCAGAUAAUGUGGAUUAUCUGAUUUGAUAAUCUGGAUUAUAUGGCAGUGUGUAAGGGGCCUUAAUGAAGAAGCAGCUCUUCAAUCUGUUCCCUGACUAAAAUGCUAUCUUAAUUUGUGAUGUGUAGCAAACAUUACUGGUCUUUGCCACAUCCUCUUUCACAAUAGGGAUGUAUCCUAAAGCGUUUUGCCAAACAGCUUGAUAUGGCACAUACAGUUUCAUCUUCUUGUCAUAUAUGCCCUCCAGCUGGUUGGACUCAGUUGCCAUAAGCACUAGCCAGCAUGGUCAGUGGUCAGGGAUUGUGAGAAUUGUCUGGAAGAAUUCGUAAGGGCAACUGGAUGCCUAUCCCUGGCUUAGUUGGCAAUGUAUGGUAAUAACCUAAUAACAAAAAUGAACACAUUGGUAGUAAUUUUGAUUCUCAAUUUUAAAAUGCAGAGGCUCCAUUCAUUUAUUCACUGUAUUCAUUAAAACGAAAUGUUUAUUUGAAGAAUGUUGUCCUUAAUCAAACUUUCUGGUUGUCAAGAUCAAGCUCCCAAGCAAUUCCCAUAUGGGCUUUUUUGUUUAAUGCGCUUUGGUAAAUCUUUCUUAUUCCAGAUGCUAAAGAAUACUUACUUGUAUUCUCUCUGCUCCCUUUUUUAUUUCUGUUAAAAACAAGUUAAAUCUUUGAACAAAUUGAAAAUAACAGUUAAUUAAAACAAUUCCAAAUAA